UUCGGUCUCUCGCGUCCGCCGCCACACACUCUCACUCACUCACUCCCAACUCCGCCAUAGCUGCGAGCGAGCGAGCUAGGGUUUGGUCUCUCUCCAUGGAGGCGGCCGGGGGAGCAGCGCGAGGUUUCCGGCGCCGGGUGCCGGAGCCGGGGUGGUGGGUCCUGAGGGCGGUGGAGAGGUCCCUGCGCCGCCGCCUCUCCCGCGCCGUGGCCGCCUGGCUUCCCGCCACCGUCGUCGUGGGCUGGGUGACCGCCGUCGCCGGGAUCGCCCCCAUCGUCGGGCGCUGGGUCGGCGGCGAGGUGGGGCGCGCCAUGGAGGUCGCGGGCGUCCACGUCGUCGGCGCCGGGCAGCACGUGUUCAUGCUCCUCGUGGUCCCCAUCGCCGUGCUGCUAAUGGUGAUGCAGCUGCGUCUGCUUGCUGGGCCUCUGAUGGGAGGCAGGGGGAUGCUGGUAAGAACAAUUGCUACAAUGGAAUUAUCCAUCCUGGAGCACCAUCGUGAACGCAGAGGAAAAUGGAAUCAGCUGGCUCAAGAAAUCGUGUUCCCACUCAGCAUUAGCUUCGUCCUCCUAGGAGUUGCGAUGAUUGGCUUGAUGAUCACUGGAUUUUCACCAGAAAAAGAAUUUAGCAGAAAGAAUAUUGGCUGGAUACUUGCUGAUGUUGGAUUUUUGGGUUGGCAUGCUCUAGUAGGAUUUUUUCUACUUCCAAAAGUGAUCCUCACACUUCGGGUACGUUCCUAGAGUGCAGGUGUGGCCGCUGGGGUAGCAUGCCGGUACAAGUUUUGGGAACCUGGAAAUUAUUGGAGAAUACUGUGACAAAUUCACUUCCGGAAUCUGCAAGCUAUCGUAUUAAGUGCAUGAUAUCUUGCCUGUUUUCUUCACGAUGACUAUGAUACUAUGAACAAUAUUUGGAAUUAAUUACCAGGCGUGAUGCUUAUUUAUUUUAGGUGUUGCUUUGAGUUAGCGUGUCUCCACUCUCCAGCAGUCAAACAAAAAAGCAUUGAAUGAAUGACGUUCGUAUUUUCAAUCAGGCAUGUUUUGUGAUUGAACUAAUAGUUCAUAUGCUGAUAUGGUUGAUUUUU